AUGCCAGAUGGUACACUCGCACGCACGGAAGUUGUUGUGACUGAUGGAGUUACCAUUGGCCGUCCAUGCUGCGGUGUUCCUCAGUGCAAAAAUCCUCUUGAAAACAAUCAUCACCGCUUCUGUUCAGUAGACCCUGACCACAAAAAGCUUGAGACAACUUGUGCCAUAGAGGGCUGUAAUUGCCCUGUCACCCGUGACAGCAAGUCAGGCAAGUACCGAAAAGCAUGUGAUGAUCCGGUCCAUGUUAAGAUGGAGGGCGCCAAUGUCGAGUCUUUAUGCAGUGGGAAGAGCAAGACACAAUGUCAGAAGGUCGCUAAGCUCGACAAUGCCAUGUCCUCCCUCGACCCACCACAGCUUCCUGCCGACUUGACCGUGGCUCUUCCCAUCCAAGAUGGAGACGAAUGGUACAAACACGAUGCUCAGACCGGAGCUGUAUGCUUAGUGCGGCCUGCUGUAAUGACUUCGACUGGUGUUCUUGACACACAGCCAGAGAUGUCCCACCCUGCUGUUGAUUGUGAAAGCAAGGACACACCCCCUAAGCUCAAAGCAAUAUUCCGACGCCAGCGUACCAAUAAUGAGCAGCUUGUUGUUCGUCCAUGUGGAGUUAUUAAUGGGCAUGGCACAAUGUAUCAUCAUGAAACUGUAUCCAAUGUUCUUAUUAUGAUUGAACAGCUGUAUUCACUCCCUCGUGCACGCAAGCCACAACAUUUGAUUUAUGAUUCGAAUUGCAACGCGCUGCGGGAGGUUUUGAACCAAUGCAUCAAAUUCUUUGAUGGCAUGGGGAUGUGCAUUGAUGCAUUUCAUCACAAGAACAAGCACAAGGCUAGUGACACCUUCUGCCGUGACCGUUGCGACAUGAAGGCCUAUCCAGAAUUACUAGAUGACAAUGGCAAAUAUUACUUCAACUCGUCUAUCGCCAAGCAAACCAAUGUGUGGUUCGGUGCCUUCCACAACAUCUGCCGGGAGAUGACACCGGCAAGCAUCCCCAUCACCCACACUUAA